AUGCCUAGGGCCUCCCCUUCUCUGUCUCCCUUCUGCAGCAGCAGCAGCAGCAGCAGCAGCAGCAGCAGCAGCAGCAAACUGUGGUCAGUAGACCCCCUUAAGUCUGUCUCUUCUCGCCGCUGGCGCGGCCUUUCCACUGCAGCAGCAGCAGCAGCAGCAGCAACAACAAGAACAGCAGCAGCAGCAACAGCAGCAAGAGCACCUGCAGCAGCAACAGCAACCAUACGAAGAACACCAGCAGCAGCAACAGCAGCAACAAUAGGAAGAACUGCAGCAGCAGCAGCAGCAGCAGACAAAAGGCUCACCAGCAGCAGCAGCAUCAGAGAGCAGCAGCUGCAGCGCUCUGCUGCCUCAGCAGCAGCAGCAGCAGCAGCAGCAGCAAAGCUGCAGCAGCAGCAAGACAGCUGCCUAUACACCCGAAAAGACAGAGGGGGGGCCCCCCUUGGGGGCCCCCCGCUGUCUCUAGCGUCGAGCCAGCUGCUGAGGCUGCAGCAGCAGCAGAAGAGAGAACACUUGCUGCAUGCAGGCGAGCAGCAAACAAGCUGGAGAGAAGAAUGA